AUGUCGGAAGUGAAGGAGACGAGUGGGGGUUUUACUGGCGGCGAAUCCUCGAGGGCGUCGCCGAAGGUUUUGAUGGCCGGUGAUCGAAAAUUACUAAAGGUGGAGCUCCGGCCAGGGGAUACGACGUAUGUGUCGUGGAAGAAGCUCAUGAGGGAAGCUAGUAAGGUCAAUGGCUCAUCGGCUUCGGUGCCCGAUCCGCCUCCUAAUGCUAACCCUAACCUCGAGUCUCGCAUUGCACCGGUGCAUCCAGCAGAAAUUGAAACGAAUGGCCAACCUCAUUCUAACCGGUUCAACGCUGUUAUUGAGAAGAUAGAGAGGCUCUAUAAGGGACAAGAUAGCAGUGAUGGGGAAGAAUUAGACGGUGCUCCUGACGAUGAUGAGUAUGACACUGAAGAUUCAUUUAUCGAUGAUGUUGAACUGGAUGAGUAUUUUGAAGUUGAUAAUUCUCUAGUUAAACAUGAUGGAUUUUAUGUCAACAGAGGAAAGUUGGAGCGGAUGGAACCUUUGACAACAUCGAGCCAGCAACCCAAAAAAAGGCGACGGAAAGAUAUAGCAAAUUCCUUUGGCGAUGCUGUUGACGUAUCCAAUAGACAAACCAAGGUGCCUAUAACAGCUAGGCGAAAGGAUCAAUCAACUGCUUCUGGAUCUUCUUUGAAGAGAAAGUAUAAUGUUGCAAGGAAAACACAGGAGUCACCUUUGCUUUUAGAAUUACAAAAUGCAAACGUAGCAUUAUCUCUGGACGAUGCUAAUAAUUCUUAUAAAGCAAGUCCUCAGUCUAGGAAUACUACAAGUCACAAGUCAAAGGAACCUGGAUCCUCUAAUGCACUUCAUCAGAAAUACAGCAACAAAAGUUUACAUCAACAAUCUAAUUCCAUGCCAGGAAAAUCUUCACUUGUAAUGGUACGUCAGAAAGAAAACAAUGGUACGCAUGACCUGGCAAAUGCAACAGGAAGCAGAAAGUCAAUUCAAAAAAAAGAUGGUUCUAAUAUGAAGUCUAAAACCUCGACCCUCGAGAAAGCCAUAAAGGAAUUGGAGAAGGUUGUUUCCGAAUCACGGCCCCCUGCUGCCACUGAGAAUCAAGAAGCCGAUACCUCCUCCCAGGCAGUUAAGAGGAGAUUGCCAAGAGAAGUAAAAUUGAAUCUAGCUAAAGUUGCUAGGAUUGCGCAGGCAAGCCAGGGAAAACUUUCGACAGAGUUGGUCAACCGUCUUAUGAGCAUUGUGGGUCACUUAAUACAGCUUAGGUCACUCAAGAGGAACUUGAAAAUCAUGAUUGAUAUGGGUGAUUCUGCAAACCGAGAAAAAGAAAAUAGAUUCCAGCGAAUCAACAAAGAAGUUCUUGAGAUGAUAAGAGCUAAAGUUUCUUUGCUGGAAUCAGAGGCAAUCAAACAAGAAGCUGGAUCUUCAGACGAUUUUCAGGACUCUGUAGGAAAGCCAUCUUUGAAGAAAUUUGUCAUGGAUGCGGCACUGGAGGAUAAAUUGUGUGAUCUAUAUGACAUCUUUGUCGAUGGAUUAGAUGAAGAUCCAGGUCCACAAAUACGAAAGCUAUAUGUUAGUCUGGCUGAACUCUGGCCAAAUAGAUUAAUGGAUAAUCAUGGGAUCAAGCGAGCGAUUUGCCGGGGAAAGGAGAGGCAGAGAGCGUUGUAUGCGGCGAACCUUGGGAAGGAGAUGGAUCAAACAAAGAUGAAGAACAGAAGGAAGCAGUUGGUACCAAGAACAGAUUCGAGUUCUCGGCCGAACACAAGUUCAGUUGUUCAGCUACAACACAGUGAAGAGAAAAGAGCUGUCGAUCCGAGCCCAACCACUCAACCUAUGGUUGACUCUUCGCGUGACAGAUCAAAUGAGAAGCUAAAGGGAAGCUCAAGCUCGUGCAAUCCUGCAGAGGAAGCAAGAGUGGUCAAGAGAAAGACAGAGUCCGUAGUGGCAGAGAAACAAGUCGUUCUGGCCCUGAAGAGCCAGGAACAGCCACCGGCACGUGUUAUCGCAGCUCCUCGGAUUCUGAACAUCCCAGAGGCUUCUCUGGAUCUGAACCUGCCAAGUUGA